AGAAAGAAAGAUGACUGGGUCCCAUAACGUGGAUGGCUCUUAUUUUGAUGAUUUGUUUGAUGGAUAUGACUAUAACUACAGUACUGUGCCAAUGCUGUUUGAUUCAGCUCCAUGUAAAAACCCAUGGACCAUCAAUAAAUAUUUGGUGGUUGUGGUCUAUUUGUUAGUAUUUCUUCUCAGUGUGGUUGGCAACUGCAUUGUGGUUCUUGUAAUUUGCUACAACAAACUGCAUAGAUCAUCCACUGAUGUCUACCUACUAAAUUUGGCUAUUGCUGAUCUCUUAUUUGCUGUCACAUUGCCUUUCUGGGCAGCAUACAAGGCCAAAGAGUGGCUUUUUGGGCUCUUCAUGUGCAAAGCAGUCUCUGUACUGCAGGAAGUUAAUUUCUACAGUGGCAUACUGUUACUGGCAUGUAUAAGUGUGGAUAGAUAUCUUGCUAUUGUGCAUGCCACUGAGGCAGUUACACAGAAGAGGUAUAUGGUAAAAUACAUUUGCUUGGGCAUCUGGUGUUUUUCAUUUAUUCUGUCUCUUCCCAUCUUGCUGUAUAGGACUGUUCUAAACUAUGGAAGUGGAGUCAUCUGCUAUGAUAACAUGGGUUCUGAAAACACAGAAAAGUGGAAGAUCAUAUUGAGAAUUGGUCGUCACACUGUUGGAUUCUUCUUUCCUUUGCUAAUCAUGCUCUUUUGCUAUGGAUUUACCAUAAAGACUCUUUUCCAGACAAAAAGCAGCCAGAAACAGAGAGCAAUGAAGGUUAUCUUUGCCGUUGUUAUCGCUUUCCUUAUCUGCUGGCUUCCAUACAACAUUACACUUGUUGUCGACUCACUGAUGAGAUCUAGGUUUUUAAAUGAGACCUGUGAGAUGCGAGUACAUGUGGAUACCGCAUUAUCUGUUACUGAAGUUUUUGGGUUCAUGCAUAGCUGUAUCAACCCCAUUCUGUACGCCUUCAUAGGGCAGAAAUUUCGCAACAGUUUCUUCAGGAUUUUGGCCAGCAAGGGCAUUAUAAACAAAGAAUUUCUUUCUCGUUAUGGUCGUAGUUCAUCUAUUGGCUCAAUUUCAGGACACACUUCAACCACUUUGUAAUUUUACUAAAGGACCUGCUUAUCCUAACGUGGACUUUAAACAUAUGACUUUAUAUUGGCAGUUUACAUGUCAAUAGAUACUAAAUAUAUUACUUGAUACUUCCCAGCUGUCAUACGUAGUCCCUUGCAAUUCUUUGGAAUUAGUUAUCAUUGAUUGUUGUUAUGUUUGAUCACAUUUUACAUUCUGUUAACCUAUGGUCAAAUGCUAUUGAAUGAGGUUGACAGUGUUCCAGUUUUUCCUAAUAAUUAUAAUUUUGAGAUUUGUCAUCUUUUUCACUACAUAGAAACUCAUCUGGUAAAACAUUGUUAUCAAACAUAUUCCCUAUUAAUAACCUUAUUAAAAAUCAAAUUUUGGGACACCAUCAACAGGAAAUUUUCAUUUUCAGUAUUAAAAUGCCCAUUUAAAGGAUGUUUUACUUUUUUUCCUUUGGCUUCUAAUCCUCAUUGGCUGAUAUGCACUGUCUAUUAAUGCUCAUUGGCGGAUGGGUACUUCCUGCUAAUUGUCAUUGGCUAAUAGGUGCUUCCUAUUAAUGCUCAUUGGCUGAUAGGAACAGUGAGCAAUUGUACCUGUUUGCCACUAAGCAUUAGUUGGAAGUACAAAAUUGAUACUGAUGGUUUCAGUGUAAAUUUAAGCAACAAUUGCAUCCUAUUUGUACAGGCAAAAAGGCUCAAAAUGCUUAAAAGGCCAUAAUACCCAAAUGUUUAAAGGGACACUGAACCCAAAUUUUUUCUUUCUUGGUUCAGAUAGAGCAUGAGAUUUUAACCAACUUUCUAAUUUACUCCUAUUAUCAAUUUUUCUACGUUCUCUUGCUAUCUUUAUUUGAAAAAGAAGGCAUCUACCCUUUUUUUCUUGCUGCAGUACUCUGGACAGCACUUUUUGAUUUGUGGAUGAAUUUAUCCACCAAUCAGCAAGGACAACCUAGGUUGUUCACCAAAAAUGGGUCGGCAUCUAAACUUACAUUCUUGCAUUUCAAAUAAAGAUACCAAGAGAAUGAAGAA